AUGCCCUCGCAAACUUUCUAUCUUCUUGGGCAAAGCCCGUCGUCUGCCAAGCAGAUUGAGGUGGACGCCUCGCUGACUCUGGAUGCGUUGAGACUGUUGAUUGCGGCACAUUUUGCCAUCGUGGAGCCAAGUGAGAUUGAAUUCCAGGGACCAGAGGCGCUCCUCACGGAGGUGUCCGAGAUUCUGGCCGCGCCCGGGCCUGUGCCACUGACAAUCGAUGGACAUGAGGUCCGCGAUCCUCCGUGCCCCAAAGAAUUACCAUUCGUGGGGACCUUCUUUCAAGUGUAUCCCGACCACCUAGGGAACCACCAGCGCCUCUUCGAGUCACUCGGUCCGGUCGUCAAGACGAACAACAUGGGUCGUGCCACGUACCAGACGAACGAUCCGAGAAUUGCGGCCGUGGCAUUCGCCGAGUCGGAUUUCUUCACCAAAAAAAUCAAUGAAGCCCACCCUCUAUUUGCGCUGAAGACCCCAUCGGCGGGCGUGUUCCUUGGCGACACAGACACCCCGGAAUGGAAGAAGACCGUCGAGGACUCAUUCAAGGUGUUUGAUGAAUUGGAUCGCCAGGGGGAGGCCUGGAACGUGUAUCAGUACAUGUUGAAGAUGGGCUCUCAAGCGGUGGGCAAGCUGACCCUGGGCAUCGACUUCCAACAUUUCGAUACACCUGAUGCCCCGGUCCAUGAAAUGGUGCACAAUAUUGCCGAAAUGCUUUCUCUCAAUAAGAAGGUCACCUCCAAGGGUGACUGGUACAGCUCCUUGCCAUUUGGCGAUCCCAAACGGCUGCGACAGCUCAAGGCCCGCAUUGAGGGGAUGGUCGAGGAGUCCAUGGAGAAGGCCGCCCAAGGGGGCAUCGAGGAUCUGCCUUUGCAAGACGCGGCCCUGAGCGCAAGCAACAUGGUCGACUACGCUCUCCGAGCCACCGAUAACAAGGGCGAGAAGCUGCCCAAAUCUAGCUUGGUCUGGGCUCUGGUGGUCGCGACCGGCGCCGGCUUUACGACCACCAGCUCUCUCCUCUCCUGGCUGAUCUACAGCCUGGUCACGUAUGACGGCAUGCAGGAACGGCUUCUGCAAGAGCUGGUGGACCACGGCUUUGACGAGAAUACGGAAAUGACCGCGGAUUUCACGGACAAACUGGAGUUCCUGGACAAGUUCAUCAAGGAGACGCAGCGUCGCCACAAUCCUUCCUUCCAGCCCGGUCGCACUGCGAAGGUGGACCUCAUUCUGCCCGGGGGCUAUAAGCUGCCGAAGGACGCGGUGAUCAUUCCGGCCCUCCACCAUAUCCACAAUAACGCGGCCUUGUGGGACAAUCCUGCCCGCUUCAAUCCCGAUCGCUGGGACACGGAAGAGGUCAAAAAUCGACACAAGGCGGCGUACAUUCCAUUUGCGAUGGGCCCCCGCAUGUGUAUUGGGUUCAACUUCGCGCUGCAAGAGGUCAAGGUCUUCCUGCCCAAGCUGGUCUACCGGUACAAGUUCUCCCGAGAAGGCGACGGUCCCAUUGAAUAUGACCCGAUGUUCCAGCUAAUCAGGCCAAACAACCUUUACGUGCGCGCCGAAAAGCGGACCAAGUGGCCCGGUAAAUCAAGGAACGCCGUCUAG